AUGCCCGUUGUUUUGGUGCGCCCGACCAAUCGGACGCGGCGGCUGGAUUCUACGGGAGCCGGGAUGGGCCCGUCGUGGCGGCAGCAGGACGCUCCCCUGCCGACCGUCACGCAUUGCGCAGGGUGCACCACCGCCCGGUCCUCCUGCGGCUUUAACGGCCCCGGCAUGGACCCGCCGCGCCACUUCCCGGCGGGCUUCGGCCCCGAGCAGCAGCACCAGCAACAGCAGCAGCAGCAGCGCCCGCCGGCGCCGCCGCACUGCCAGCCGCACGGCCAGGACAAGCAGAGCCUCCAGCAGCAGCAGCAGCAGCAGCAGCAGCAGCAGAGCCCGUGCCUCCAGUGCAACAACUGCGCCUACUACGGGGCUGCUGCGGCAGCCGCGGGGGAUAACCUGCCCCUGCUGCUCCGCGCUUCCUCGCCGCUUUCGGGCGCCUUUCGGACGCACUCCUCGCCGCUGUCUUCCGCCGCCUCCUCCCGGCACGGCAGCCAGCUGAACGUCAGCGAGUUCACCCCGUCCAGCCAUGCUGGCGCGUCCAGACAGCCUCACCAAUAUUCCCAGUACCACCAGUGCCAUAGCCUGCAGCAGCAGCAGGCAGCCAGCCCCAGCAGCAGUGUCAGCAGCAGCAGCACUCACCAUCAUCACCACCAUCACCAUCACCACCACCAUCACCAGCAGCAGCGCCGGGAGAGCAACCCCUUCACCGAAAUAGCCAUGAGCAGCUGCAGGUACAACGGCGGCGUCAUGCGGCCGCUCAGCAACCUAAGCUCGUCCCGCAGGAACCUGCACGAUCUGGACUCUGAGUCUCAACCGCUCCAGGCGCCGCUCGCCAGCCCCGCCGCCGGCGGCUCUGCCCCCGCCGCCGGCAGCCCUGCCGCCCCGGAGAUCGUGGUCUCCAAGCCCGAACACAACAACUCCAACAACCUGGCGCUGUACAGCUCCGCCGGCCCCGGCCCCGGCCCCGGCACGGGAAGCUCCAACAACGGCGGGGGCAAGUCUAGCAAGAAGAAGAACCAGAACAUCGGCUACAAGCUGGGACACCGCCGGGCUCUCUUCGAGAAGCGUAAGCGCCUCAGCGACUACGCGCUCAUCUUCGGCAUGUUUGGCAUCGUCGUCAUGGUCAUCGAGACCGAACUCUCCUGGGGCGCCUACACCAAGGAGUCUCUGUAUUCCCUCGCUCUGAAAUGCCUUAUUAGCCUCUCCACGAUUAUCCUGCUCGGGCUCAUCAUCGUGUACCACGCAAGAGAAAUCCAGUUGUUCAUGGUGGACAAUGGAGCAGAUGACUGGAGAAUAGCCAUGACUUACGAGCGUAUUUUCUUUAUCUGCUUGGAAAUACUGGUGUGUGCUAUACAUCCCAUACCUGGGAAUUACACAUUCACAUGGACAGCCCGGCUCGCCUUUUCUUACGCUCCAUCCACAACAACAGCUGAUGUGGAUAUUAUUUUAUCUAUACCAAUGUUCUUAAGACUUUAUCUUAUUGCCAGAGUUAUGCUUUUGCAUAGCAAACUUUUCACUGAUGCCUCAUCUAGAAGCAUUGGAGCAUUAAAUAAGAUAAACUUCAAUACCCGUUUUGUUAUGAAGACUCUAAUGACAAUAUGUCCAGGAACUGUACUGUUGGUUUUUAGUAUCUCAUUAUGGAUAAUUGCUGCAUGGACUGUCCGAGCUUGUGAAAGAUACCAUGACCAACAGGAUGUUACUAGCAAUUUCCUUGGAGCAAUGUGGUUGAUUUCAAUAACUUUUCUAUCCAUUGGAUAUGGGGAUAUGGUACCAAAUACAUACUGUGGAAAAGGGGUCUGUUUACUUACUGGAAUCAUGGGUGCUGGGUGCACUGCACUGGUGGUGGCUGUGGUGGCAAGGAAGUUAGAACUUACCAAAGCUGAAAAACAUGUGCAUAAUUUCAUGAUGGACACCCAGCUAACUAAAAGAGUGAAAAAUGCAGCGGCCAAUGUACUCAGGGAAACAUGGUUAAUUUAUAAAAACACAAAGCUGGUUAAAAAAAUAGACCAUGCAAAAGUAAGGAAACAUCAACGCAAAUUCUUGCAAGCUAUUCAUCAAUUAAGAAGUGUAAAAAUGGAACAAAGGAAACUGAAUGAUCAAGCCAACACUUUGGUGGACCUGGCAAAGACUCAAAACAUCAUGUAUGAUAUGAUUUCUGACUUAAAUGAAAGAAGUGAAGAUUUUGAGAAGAGAAUUGUUACUCUGGAAACUAAACUGGAAACUUUAAUUGGUAGCAUUCAAGCUCUUCCUGGACUGAUUAGCCAGACAAUCAGCCAGCAACAGAGGGAAUUCCUCGAGGCUCAGAUCCAAAAUUACGAUAAGCAUGUUGCCUACAGUGCUGAACGAUCACGAUCUUUGUCAAGAAGAAGGAGAUCAUCCUCCACAGCACCACCAACUUCAUCAGAGAGUAGCUAGAAGAGAAUAAGUUAACCGCAAAAUAAAGACUUUUUGCCAUCAUAUGGUCAAUAUUUUAGCUUUUAUUGUAAAGCCCUAUGGUUCUAGCCAGCGUUAUCUGGGUUCUGAUGUCAGAAUCCUGGAAACCUGAACACAUUUUAGGCCAAAAUGAGUGAAAACUCUUCUUUUUUUCCCCCCUCCUCCUCUCAGAUGCACAGUGAAUGCACCUAGUAUUGCUAUAUUAGAUUGUUCUUCCUGUAAUUUCACUUUUUAUUCAUGCACUUCAAACAAGCUUUACUACUACAGUACAUAAUCUAAUAUAAUAAAAAUGUUAAUUUCUGCA